GAAGAAUUAGGUUAUAACACUUUAAAUGUUGUUUUAAUAAUUUUUAAACAAUUUCUUUAAUAAUUAAUUUAAAAUGACACAUAGAAAUAUAUUUCUUAAACCAGGAUUUAUAAACGUACCUCUUCAAAACGGUAUUGGUCGUUAUAUUGGACAGUUGCAAAGAAUUGUAUUAAAAUUUUGCAAAAAUAAUGGAUCCAGUCGUGGAAUGAGGGAAUAUAUCGAAUCAGACUUAGUGAGUUUUGCUAAGAACAAUCCUGGAGUUGUAGUAUAUGUAAAACCAAGAAGACAUCGUACAGCAAUUAUAAAAGCAGAAUAUUUAAAUGGUGAGGUUCAGUGGCUUAAUUGUAGAAAUUUUACAAGAGAAGAAAUUACCAAAUGGAUUGAACAUUUAAAAAGACAGCAAAAAGUUCAUGAAGGUACACGAAUUAGGAAAUUAUGGCAAACUGACAACCCUUCCAUCCAAGGCCCAUGGACACCAUUUACGUUUAAAGAUCCAAACUUAAAUUUGGCAAAAUAUCCUAAUGAAGAAUUAUCCCAAACAGAAAACAUUGCUGUUAGUAGUCAAGACGAAUUAGUUGAAUUAUUUAAAAAGCAGAAAAUUGAAGAAUUAGAAGCAGCUAAAGCUACUAAUUAAUGAGUUAUUGUAGUUUUUUUAUUAUUUAAGUUUCCUAGUAUAUUAGUAUAUAAAAAAUAUCAAAACA